AUGGCCGAUUCCAAUAACGUAUCCUCAGUAACCGAUAUCUUGUUAUGAACGAUAAAUAGUAGACUUCUAUCUAUCCUUAUUUUGCGUUCCACAAGUGACGAUAACGUCUAUCGAGACAUCGACAUCUGUAGAUAAGCUCAACUAUCCAGCCCUCCCAAACGUUUUGUUACUACAAAAGCUACAAAAAAAAGCAACGUCGAAACAAAUAUUAUUUCAUAUAACUUUUCUAUAAAACAAUACAAAUUGAUCGAAUUUAAGCAUUGGAUAUAUCUUUAUGCUAAAAUAAUUUUUUCUUCAUAGUUAUGUUUCAUUGUCAUUAUUUUAUCAAACAAAUAUUUGGCGCAUAAAACGGAAGUACGAAACGUAGUCAAGUGUCAAUUUAACUAUUCAAGUUUAAAGUUUCAAAUUUUCAACCGUCAACGCUACCGCUCCUAUUGUUGUGAUAUCAAGUUUUUUUUACAUUAUAAUGAGCACUGUAAGUAUUACCAGACAUUAUUAUAUACGUGCCUAUACAAGUGACGGAGGCUUUUUAGUAAAUUACCCACGAAAUUAUCUUGCAAACUAAAUAAACCUCGGAACAAUUUUUUUUUGUCUUUCUUUACAUAUAAUUAGGAUCAACACUGUAUUUAAUAUUUGUUUGGUUUUCAGACAAAAGGUGUACCUUUAGCUAAAGAUGAGGUGGCCUAGCUAAUUGACCUUAUUGAAGCUAAUAAGGUGAUUACAAGCAAGGCUACAAACGCUGCCAAUAAUCAGCUUAAAGAAGCUGCCUGGACUAAAAUUACAGGAGCAUUCAAUGCAUCUGUAUCAAGUUACCCGCGAAGAACAGAGCAACUUAAAUUGAAAUGGGAGAAUUUAAAAAAACUGCUCGUAAAAGAUCUACCAAAAUUAGGAUGAACCAAAUUAAGACAGGUGGUGGCAAGCCAGAAUACAUUCCACCAGAUGAUGCACUGGACAGAGUGGCAUCCAUUUUAGGUGCAACAUGUGAGGGUUACACUGUAUCAUUUGGAGGAGAUGCUGAGGUGACGGUAGAUUCCGAGGUGACGGUAGAUUCCGAGGUUUUGAAUGAUGGUGGUGUCGAAAAUGAGAUUGAAUCAUCAGGGAAUAUCCAACAGCUGGUUGUGACAAGUCCGAAACCAAAGAAAUUCUUUUUUAAAUCUCCCAGUGGCAACAAUAUUAAUAAAGAAAAACGUAGGCUACUGGAUGAUGACAUAAGGACUCGAGCUGCACGAAAUCAAGCUAUUGCUGAUUAUUAUAUUACUAAAAAGAAGAAAUUAGAAUUAGAAAUAGAACACAUGGAAUUAACAAAUAAAAAGUUAAAAUUAGACUUAGAGCAAAAUAAAGAAGUAUUAAAAUAAAGUUUUGUUUUUCUUUAUUGAAUGAACUUACAAUUACACUUCAAUUCACAGUUAUUCACUCAAAUCAAAUCUGGAACAAAUAAAAUAUACCUAACAUUAAUCAUGUAUGUGUCAUCAUGCAUGCAGUUAUUGAAAUGAAAGACAUGGGAUCACAAAUAACUUACUCUCCAAAGUAAUUGU